AUGAUCCAGGCCAGUGACCUCAGAGCCCUCUCUGACGAGCAGCUGAACAACCAGCACAGGGAGACAGUGGCAGAGCUGCAGGAUCUGCUGCAGCAGAAGCACACGAAGCAGGUUGAGCCAGAUGCAAUUCGAAUGGCACGGAAGAGCAUAGCCAGAAUCAAGACGGUUCAGCAGGAGAAGAAGAUCAAGGCGAUGUGUGAGAUCUACGAGAAGAAGAGGCACGUUCCAAAGGAGCUGAGGGAGAAGAAGACGCGAGCACUGAGACGAGGACUCAGCUCGCACCAGAAGCAUCUGAAGAGCAAGAACACGCGUAUUCUCAUGAAGAAGUAUCCUAAGAGAAUAUUCAGUUACGUAAAGCAGGAAUAA